UCCACCAUGGGUCCACCAAUUCAAUCAUCAGUGGCUGUUCCCUAUCAAAUUCUUCUUCUGGUUAGAUGGACUAAUUCCAGAAUCCCAUUUCCAACAAUACCUUCAAGUUUUUGCUCUUCAUUUGUGACAGAAUGGAAGAAGCACAUCAUCUCCAUCAUCAUCAUCAACAUCAACAUCUUGUUCCUUCUUCUUCGGCUUCUGUUGAUGGUCCCUCUACUUCUUCUCUUUCUACUUCUCAAGUUCAAGAAGAAGAGGAAGGAAGGAAUGAGCUACCAAGAAAUGAGGAUAAUCCUCGCCAUCAACUUAGCCAUCAUUCUUCUCAUGCUUCUGUCAUAUCUUAUCGAAUAAACAUAACCAUAUCUAAUGUGGCACCCAGCGAGAUGUGGGAUGAUGUGUGGUCAUACCUUUUUGUUCUCGUCACUUUUUGGUUCUUUGCAUCCAUGACUCUCAUUCUUGGGUGUUAUGGGUCAGUGACCUUCCAGCUGGGCCCAAAUUGCUCUCGCCUUAUCAAAACCAAUACUUUGUUUGUUCAGUCUAUUGAGGCAAAGGAGGUAUAUGAGCCAAAUCCUGGGCCAAUAUUAUAUGGAUUUCACAAGCCUCCUCCUUUGGAUGUUGAAACCACCUGGACUGAAACACACAAGGCAGUUGUGCCUAUUGAUUUUCACAAGGAGUGGGUAUACUUCCUAAAUAAAGGGUCUAAGGUUGAUAUCUUUUACACUAUAAAAAGUUCUGCACCUUUGUCCCUUGUAGUUGCUCAAGGUAAAAAUGGCCUUGUUGAGUGGAUAGAUGACCCUUCAUAUCCUAAUUCAACUUUGUCUUGGAAUAUUAUUUUUGGAAGUGGCAAAAUCGAGCAGGAAAUUUUAGAGCCUUCUAACUAUUAUUUAGCAGUGGGGAACUUGAACUCUGAGGAUGUGGAGGUAGAGUUGACAUUCAAGAUGAAGGCUGUCAUCUAUAAUACAACUCACUCACAUUACAUGUGCUCCAUCAGUAAUCCCUUAUGUCGCUUGAAGCUGUCUCUGUUCAGAACAAGUUUUGCUGUCUUGACAUCUCCAGGUCGUAUAGAGGGUUAUUCAGAUGAUGAUUGGCAUGUCAAAAUAUCUUACAGACCAAGAUGGAUCACAUACAUUGUUGGAUCAGGAAUUAUGACUCUCCUUAUGAUGUUAACUUUGAAAUUCUGUAAUGCAUUCCAAGCUUCCGAUCAGGAUAGCAAUCAACCAGGAGAGAUGAGAUCAGAAAGAAUCCCAUUGCUCACUCCUAAAGAUGAUGAUAUCUCAAGUCGGGGUUCAUCCUAUGAUUCUAUCUCACAAGAUGGUCGAGAUGUUGAUGAGUUGCUUGCAGCAAAUUCACUUGAAGGGAAACCGUUACCAGAAGGCGAAAAUCUCCAGAGUCUUUGUGUUAUUUGCUUUGAUGCACCAAGAGAUUGCUUCUUUCUUCCAUGUGGACAUUGUGCAGCCUGUUUUGCCUGUGCAUCCAGGAUAGCAGAAGAGCCUGGUACUUGUCCAAUAUGUCGUAGGAGUAUGAAGAAAGUCAGAAAAAUAUUUACAGUUUGAGAAGCUUGUUUGAGAACUAUUGUGCAAAUUAUUCUCCCUGGUAAUGAAAUUCUUGAUGGUGCAGUCUGAAUUUUUCUUGUCUUUUCUUUUUUGUCAGUGGGUAUAAUUAAUUGGACUUGUUUUUGUAUAAAGCGAUAUUUUGAUGUAGGAUUGUACAGAAAUCAUAUGUUAAAAAAAGUAUAUUGACAGUUACUGUAAAGUGAAUCUCCUCAAGGUCUCUACACUUGACCAAGAAUUUUCAGUUCAGUGUCCUCUGUGUGUUCAUUCUACUUUGCUAGGAAAAGUUAAAUGCAUAUGAAUCAAAAUGCUUAUAUCUAUUCCUCCAUUUA